AUGGUACGUUUAGUGGUUCUGUUGCUGUGCGUGUCGAUGGCGACAACGCAAAAACCGGGCAACUUUAACUUCAAAGAGAAAGGUUUCAAAAGCAGCCAAAGUUACGACAUAGAUCCACAAGUGUUGGAAAUCCAGCGCCAGAACCUAAUAACGCAGAAGAUCCUUCAGCGUUACCUAGAGCGGCGGUUACAUCCGGGCCGCAAGCCACAGAUCCGCGUGCCAUCGGUGGAGGAGAUACUUCCGAAACCCUUCUCACCGCUCGCGUCCGUCCGGGACGUGCGACAGCAAAACCAAACUGCCUCCAACGAGUCUGGAGGAUCGCGGUACGAUCUGUUCAACGUACGGAACGGUCGACAGUACAACCGGACGGAAGAGGAUGGUAGCGGGCAGGAUGAGCAGUACAACGAUGAGGAGACGGGUGGUGAAGAUUACCGGGAGGAACGUGAUCUGGACCAGUACGAUGAUCUGGGCGAAUCGUUCGAUAAUGAUCGGUACGAUAUAGAGUCGCUGCAGUCGGGAGAAUCGGAACACGUGGAUUCGUUCUAUCGCGACAAGUACUACAGCAAACAGAGAGCAUCUCAGCUCUCGGCACGCGAUUCUGGCGAGUUGCUUGAUUUGAACGCGCUGGAUGAAGAUUUCGAAGAUGAUCCUGAGCUAAGCGUGCUGAGCGAGAUCACGAACGAAGUGCGCUUGCGCCAGGAAGCGGCAAAAGCAUCACCGGAACAGUCGGAAGAUGGUAGUAGCCGAGUGAAGCGCCAAGCGAUCAAUAACCGCACAUCACGCCGUGGACGAGUGACGUACCGAGACACACCCACGAUUACGAAUCGGGUAGACGCGCGAUACUACACGUCGGACGAUUAUGUCGACUAUCCCACAACGCCCCGGUUGAACAAAAACCUGCGCGACAACUACUCCGAGUAUCGGCUGCUGUCGAAGAGCCGCAUUGCCGCCAACGAACCGGUCAAACCUAGCAGACCACGUGCCACAACGACCCAGACGACACUUGCACGGAAUGCGGCACGAUCGCGUAAUCGUAAUACGCUAAAAUCCCUGGCAUAUAAACCAAACGUUUACAAUGCGAACAGUCGGCGACCAACGUUCACGCUGUCCGCGUACAACAAGUCGCCUACGCGGCCCAGCAGCUCCCGCCGCGGUGGUACUUCACGAGGAGCGUUCAAGGAUGAGGAGCAAGGCCGGAACUGGAAUCGUUUCGGACAGGCAACGCCCUCAACGCAGGACUGGCGUCGGAAGACGGUAAGUCUCGGCAGCUCUAACAUUCAACCAAGCACGGCCGCGUUGACGGUGACGUUCUUCUUGCCAACGGACACAACCGUAUCAGUGGUUGCUAACUCCAAGACGGAGAUCAGCCUGAUCAAGACCACCACGACGAGCAUCGAGGAGAUCUGUACGUCCUGCUUCUCGCUAACGCAAGGUCCCAACGGACUGCCCGUGCACGUGCUCAACAAGGAGAUAACGUCCUUCAACAACGAUGGUCUGUUCGAGAUCACCAAGUUCAUUCUCAGCUCGACGCCUACCACAACGAUCUCGGUGUCGCAGAACACCUUCCGUGGCCGUUCGACAGCAUAUUCGGCCACCAUCUCGACCACAAUCUACGAGGCGACACCGUUCGUACAAACCAAGGGCAAACCGGCCGAUCCCAACUCGGUACUGUCCAAUGCUCCAUUGGCCAAUAUUUUGCUUUCGCAGCUGUUGCUAGGUAAUCUGGGCGUACCCCAGGAGCCUAACUUUAUUCCGCGACCGACUGAAUUCCUGCCCGACCCAAACCGCUACCAAGUAGUGGUGACGACGGCCACCGACUACAAGACACACGUGAAAGAAAUUGUCGAAACGAUCACGCAAACGAAAUCGAUCGUGCUGCCGGUAACGUUCCAGGGACGGGAGAUCUUAACGACUGUGUACGAAAGUGACGUCACCAGUACGGUCGUAACGUCGUUCAUUACGGAAACUCUUACCAUACCGACGACUUCGACGAUUCGCAUUCAGCCAACCACGAACCCGGCGGAUGAUUUGUCCAACAAGUUGAGUCUCCUGUUGCCACUGCUUGAAGAGCGAGAACGACAAAACCGUUUACUGUCCGCCAUUGAGCCAACGUUACCAGUCGUUGCGCCGGCCCCACCAACGAUUGCCCCAUCGCCAACGGCUACCAGCGCUGUGUCGAAGGUGUACGUGUCCGGACAGCAUCCCGGGGAGUUUAGCGUGUCCUUUACCACCAUCUUCAACACGUAAAGUAGCGCAAGUUUG